AUGGCUUCAGAUGAUGGAGGCCCCCGUAAGAGGCGCAGAAUAGCUCCUCCUGGGUCAGAUCCCUAUGUUCUAAGAUCGCUUUUCGAGAAUGUGCCCGUGGAGACCGAGGACAACAGUGACGUCUACAUCACCUGCGUCGAGUAUUGGGAUGAAAACUUGUAUAUUGGAACCUCGGCCGCAGAGAUAUUGCACUUUGUGUGCCUUCCAUCCGCUUCCGACGACUCGAAUGAGCCCACGUUCAUACUCGCGUCGCGAUUGCCUAUCCCAUUCCAAACUACGCCCUCGAACAGUGAUCAGCAUGGUGUCCAGCAAAUCGGCAUACUCGCCUCUGUGAACAAGGCUUGUGUACUUUGCAAUGGCACGGUUACUUUCUACAUGCUACCGGAGCUCAGCCCGGCGUUCGGUAAUACCAAGGUUAACCACUGUCGGUGGAUCGGCGGCUUAGAUCUUGAUCAGAAUAGCGAGUCUGAGCAGAACCCUGUGGUGAUGAUUGCCGCGCAAAACAAUAUCAUGCUAGUUCAGAUUGGCGAGGAGGCACGCCGCAUCAAGAAGAUUGGGUUCCCCGGGUGCUUGGUCGCAGCCCGCAGAGGCACAAUUGCAUGCGCGGCCGACUCCCAUUCGUACUCGCUGCUCGAAGUUGAACACCAGCAGAAGAUCCCACUGUUCCCUAUCUCAUCCUCAAAUGAAGUCUUCGAGUCUGGACAAGUGGAAGACAUUGUGGCGGGACCUCAAACCCCUCUAAAACGAUCUCCUUCGUCAUCUUACCCAAGCUCUCCUCCUACUGAUUCACAUGCGCAUGGCAGAAGUAGCAGUCUAAACGCAUUUGCAGGCAUGCUACAGCCCCAUGCACAGACGCCUCAACAAGCUCGAUCGCCUUCGCCUUCGGGAACCCCAGAUCCCUUCACAGCUACUGGGACACCCCGCCGAUCAAGCUCGGAAGAGAGAGAAAAUGAAAGUUCUCAGAAGAAAACCACAGACGGCCCUCAAGAUGUAUUUCCACCGGCAAUUUCUGAGAGCGCCAAACCGCUUCCUCCCUUGCCUCCGACACAAGUUUCAAGGCAACUACAGCCCCAUGUGGUAUCACCGACCCCUUCUGAAUUCCUUCUUGUAACUGGAACUGAAGAAACAGAACCUGGUGUGGGUAUGUUUGUAGACUUAGAUGGAGAGGUUGUGCGGGGAACGAUUAAUUUCCAUCGAUACCCGAAAUGCGUUAUUAUUGAUGCCGGAGAAGACGAUCAAUUCCUCCAACCCAACGAGGAUGCCAGGGAUGAGUUCGUGCUUGCCAUAAUUGAAGAAGGAGACGAUAAAACUCGGCUCGAGAUCCAACGAUGGGAUGACGAUCCGGCGGAAAUUGAACGCCAAAAGCGAUGGAUGGAUAUACCUUCCCCGGGAGCAAAGCCUGCUCGGGUCGGUCUACGGCAUACUGUUAGUCCCAGCCAUGUUGAGCAUGAGGAUAUCGGGCAGCUUUUGCGAAUGGCUCGUCUCAAAACCCCUUUGCUUUCGCCGCAUGUACCGACAGCAGACCCUCGAACACAAGCAUCUAUCGAGCAUCUUCAGAAGGAAGAGGAACUCUUUGAGUCUCAAGAACUGACCGAUUCCGAGGGCGCCAAGAAAGGUGGAGCAGCUUCAGGCCGAGGCUGGGAGGCUCAACGUAAUGCCGAAGAGGCAAAAUUUGCCCAUGGUCUGGGUAAACUCCAAAGCAGUCUCAUACUGUGGUCAGGGUCCCAGAUAUGGCGCAUAGUCAAAAAUCCCUUGGUCAUUCAGCUUGAAAACUCUCUGCAGCAGGCUCAGUAUACCAAUGAUAGUGGGCACAUUAUUCUGCAGCGGGAUUCGAUCAUGGCGUUGAUGAUGUCAAUUCGGGACAUUGAGCCCCAGAAUGAGUCCGAAUUCAUCGGUCUCGGCUACGUGAAGCAGAAAGCAAGUCUUUUGUUAUACGGAGACCUUCUGUCUAUGCCUUCCGAUCACCGAGGCGAAUUCGUCAUCGAACCUACUGAACAAGCUCUUGUGGCCGGUAACCUAGACCCUCGUCUGGCUUUAUUAUUCAUCCCCCUUCUCCGAUGUGAGGUUCUACAGGGCCCUCAGGGGAUCUGGGUACACUCUGGAUUGGCCAUCCUGACAGAGAAUUAUAUUCAGCAAGUCGAAAGAGUAAACAGCCAGCCUUCUGAUCCAGCUGCCAUCAACGGUCCUGUGCUGAACAUGGUGAAGCGAUUCCUCUUCUCUUGGCAGCAGAAAAGAGGGUAUGGUAGCAUCACGGACGAAACGUAUGUCUUAGAUAGCACCGACGCCGCUCUGCUACAUUUGGUUUUGGAACAAGAUGCCAAUGCAGGUGCGGACAAGCGGACGAAGUUGGCGACUCGCACAGAGUUAAAUCGGCUGGUCGAUACUUGGAAGGGAAAUUUCGACCGGGCUGUGGCGCUUUUAGAACAGUACCAGAGGUUAUACAUCUUGAGUCGUCUCUACCAAAGCCAGAAGAUGUCUCGCAAUGUUCUCAAUACUUGGCGAAGAAUCGUUGACGGAGAACCCGAUGCCGGUGGGGAGCUCACUGCGCCCGGUGUCGAGGCCCAGAUGCGCAAGUAUUUGGUCAAUAUCAAGAACGCCCAGCUGGUGGAGGAAUAUGGGUCAUGGCUCGCUGGACGAAACCCUAGUUUGGGAGUGCAGGUAUUUGCCGACAACUCUAGUCGUGUGCGACUAGAACCUGCAGAUGUUGUCACGCUGCUCAAGAGAAAAGCCCCCAACGCUGUCCAGGUUUACCUGGAGCAUUUGGUCUUUGCCAAAAACUACACUCAAUAUGCGGACGAUCUCAUCUCGUACUACCUGGACGAAGUGCUCUCUGUGCUGGAGUCUUCAUCCGCUGCGCGGGAUUCUCUCUCAGAUUCAUACUCGACAUAUCGGGCCCUGCGUCCACCCAAGCCAACUUACCUAAACUUCAUCACAGAGAAUACACCUAAGGAACCCUGGUGGCAGUCUCGUCUUCGUCUAUUACAGCUGCUAAGCGGAACCUCAGGCACACAAUACUCAUCCACUCCUCUUCCCUCGGGCAUCACCUACUCCAUUCCCAACGUGCUGGCACGUAUUGAGCCCUUUCAAAACGAGCUAGUUUCGGAGAGCAUAAUUCUGGAUGGUCUACAAGGUCAUCACCGUGCUGCCCUCCGGCUUCUCACCCAUGGUCUAGGGGAUUACGAUUCAGCCAUUCGGUACUGUCUCUUUGGUGGACCGCAAAGCUCAAGCUCGUCAACUAGCCCCGAACUUGCCGACCACGCUUUGCAGUCCGAACUUUUCCGCCAUCUGCUGGAUGAAUUCCUGCAUAUCCAAGAUUUGACCGAUCGGAUAGAGAGAACCAGUGAUCUCCUCGGCCGCUUUGCAGCCUGGUUUGAUGUCCGUGAAGUUUUGGACCUUGUUCCCGAAGACUGGAGCAUUGAUAUCCUGGGUGGUUUCUUGGUGAAUGUCUUCCGAACACUCGUCUCUCAAACACGCGAGGCCCGGAUAGAACGUGCCCUCAGUGCAGGUCUUAACCUGCGCAUCGGCGUUGAUUAUAAUGAUAAUAUGGAGAAGGCCGGUCCCUGGGUAGAGGAUGGAGAGGGUCUUCGUCGUUUAAUGGGUGGAGCUCAGUCGCUUCCUACUCGGCCUGAUGAUGCUAAUGAAGACGACGGAGAAUUUGGAGAAGUGGUGUCACCUGACGCCAGGGACGAUUAG